UUCACGACGUCAUGAAUAAAAGAUGGCGGACUGACAUGGUAAUAUGGUAAAUGAAAUGAAAACAAACACUACGGUACAUAUUAAAUGGCGUUUCGAAACAAAAAAUCAUUGGAUGAGUUGCGAAUCAAUGAUGACGGGUUUCCUACGCGUACAACAGAAGAGCAGACGAAGGUAGAAGACUCUGUCAUAAUGAACCAUGAAGUACUGUCAGAAAUUUCGGAUAGUAUAUCUGAACUUCUUCUUCAAAGAAAGAAACAUAUUCAGUAUUGUACACGUGGACUGAGCAAACUGUCAAGUUCUUAUGAGUGUCUGGAUGCCAGUAGACCAUGGCUAUGUUAUUGGAUCCUUCACUCACUAGAACUAUUAGAUCAACCAAUAACACAAUUUAUAGCAAAAAAUGUGGCAGAAUUCCUAAUUAAAUGCCAAAGUCCAAGAGGAGGUUUUGGAGGAGGACCAGGUCAGUUGCCUCAUUUGGCACCAACCUAUGCAGCAGUUUGUGCUAUCAGUAUUUGUGGGCUGUAUUACUCACAAGCUUAUGAAGCUAUAGAUAGGGAAGGCUUGUUCAGAUUCUUAUUGCGUUGUCAUACAAGUGAGGGUGCAUUUCGGAUGCAUUAUGAUGGAGAGGUUGAUAUAAGAGGUGCAUAUUGUGCAGCAGUUGCUGCCAGAUUAACAAAUGUAUACACUCCAAAACUAUUUGAAAACACUGGCAACUGGAUUAAAUGUUGCCAAACAUAUGAAGGAGGUUUUUCUGGUGAGCCAGGUAACACUCAAAUACACGGUGGUUAUUCCUUUUGCGGUGUGGCCGCGCUCGUUCUCUUAGGAGAAGAAAAUAAAAUAAAUAUUCAAAAAUUGCUAAAAUGGACUAGUCAACGACAGAUGAGACUUGAAGGAGGUUUUCAGGGUCGAACAAACAAGUUGGUAGAUGGCUGUUACUCGCUCUGGCAGGGAGGAGUUUUCCCUAUAAUACACCAUAUUCUCAAGAAACAAAAUGAUCAAGCUUUGAGCGAUCAAAGUUGGAUGUUUGAUAGAGAUGCACUACAAACUUAUAUACUUGUCAAUUGUCAGUACCCAACUGGUGGACUAGUAGACAAACCCGGCAAAGUUCGCGAUUUUUAUCACACGUGCUAUUGUUUAAGUGGUCUGUCUGUGGCGCAGAAUUUUCACGAAAUGAAUAAAGAAAAUGUGAAAGUCAUUGGACGUAAUGAAAACCUAUUGAAUACCACACAUCCGAUUUUUAACAUUGGUAUAGAUAGCGCAAUGGAAGCCGUCAAACACUUCAAUGCGUUAGACAUACCAAAAGUGGACGAAUGAAGGGAUUACUACCUUACAUUAGAAUAUUAGAAUGGCUAAAUACAGACACGUGUGACUUUAAGAAAUGUGUAGAAACCUCCCCAAUGAUGAAUUACGAAGCUCUACUGUUGAAUUACAUCAAUGAUAAAACAACUAUUUGAAAAUGUCAAUUAGAUGUUGGACAAAGCUUGACGAAAACGAGUGUUCAGAAAUAUUAUUAAGUCAUUCAAUGUUUAAGAUAAGAAAAAUGAAGUUGUCGCUCUA